AGCCGAAGCAUAAAGUAUGCCAUGUAUCCUCCUGCUACCCUACAAACAAGCUCAAAUUCAGAUUAACAGAUAUACUGCCUCGGGCAUCUGCAGAACCGAGGCAGAAAGAUCAGGCUAUCGCCUCGGGCUGGCGCCAACUGAGUCCAAUAGAUUCAAAAUUGCCUCUGGCUGUCACCAUCACCACUACUCUGUCGUUCAGUCGCCACCACGCCUCUGGUGUUCUCGCGCAAGAAGAAACCUCCCAUUCCCGCAACAGCGUCGCUGCCUCCCGCAACAGUAUCACUGCCUCGCCGCCAAGCCUCGCCUUUUUUCACUUUUUUCACUUCAAGAUUCAGACGCGCUUUCGUUGCGUCACUCUCUCUUUUCCUCCUCGUGGGUUCAUCUCUCUUUGCUCAAAUGGUAACCCUAGGGCUCUUCCAAUCUUUCGUGAGUUUUGCACAAAAUUCGAUUUUUUUUAUUCUCUGCCAAGUGGGCAUGAUGGGGAACGACGAUGCGGUUCACCUCUCCGCCUCCCGGAAAAUGUUCUGGCGGUUGGCGUCGUGGUCAUCUUCCUGGACUGUCGAAGGUCCUCACAGAGAGAAUCGGGUAAGGGUUUCAUGGAUUUUGGUAGCGCAGAAGGUCCUCACAGAGAGAAUCGGCGAUUCCCUUCGCCACCACUUACACCUCGGUCGCAGCAGAAUUGUAAGGCGCGGUCUUGCUUGUCGCCGCUGCAGCCGCUGUCUAUCGCUCGACGGAGUCUUGAUGAGUGGCCGAAGGCGGGCUCUGACGACAUCGGCGAGUGGCUGCAACCGCCCACCAUCCCGGGAGGGAGAGGUAAUGGUAGCAAUGGUGAAAGGACUUUGUGGCUGCAGGAUAGUCCCUCCGAGGACACUACUAGUAUCUUGUAUGAUGUCAUUGACUACUUUGAGGAUGUUAGGAAAAAAGGUGGGAGGGUGUUUGUGCACUGUUGUCAAGGGGUGUCUCGGUCUACAUCUCUGGUGAUUGCUUACCUUAUGUGGAGGGAGGGACAAAGUUUUGAUGAUGAAGGCUGCAAGAGGGAUUGGAGGUUGGGUCUAGAGUAUGUGGAUCUUUACCUAAUCCAUUUUCCAGUGAGGCUGAGACAAGGAGCUAAAGGAAUCAAGUAUGGCAAAGAAGACAUUCUUCCUUUGGACAUGAAAGGAACAUGGGAAGACAUGGAACAAUGCUGUAAAUUGGGUUUGGCCAAAUCCAUUGGUGUAAGCAAUUUUGGGGUGAAAAAGCUUUCACAGCUUGUUCAGAAUGCUAUUAUUACUCCUGCUCUUGUCCAGGUGGAGAUGAACGCGGCAUGGCAACAGGAAAACCUGAGAAAAUUCUGCAAAGAGAGGGGAAUUCAUGUGAGUGCAUGGUCUCCUCUGGGAGCCAAUGGAGCUGUGUGGGGUUCCCUUGCUGUUAUGGACAGUCCUAUUCUGAAGGACAUUGCAUACAAAUCAGGCAAGAGUGUGGCACAGGUUGCACUGAGGUGGAUAAUAGAGGAAGGUGCAACUCCAAUAGUGAAGAGCUUCAACAGUGAGAGAAUGAAGCAAAAUCUUAAGAUUUUCGAUUGGGAGCUGAGUGAGAGUGACUCAGAGAAGAUUAAAGAAAUACCACAGCAUAGGGGUUUCAAGGGUGAACGUUUUGUCUCUGAGUUUGGCCCUUUCAAAACUUUCGAAGAACUUUGGGAAUGACUGCACAUCAAUCUCAUCAAUGCUGUUUUCAAGUGAAUAAAACACAGUGUUUCGCUUCUUCUAAGACCUUUCCUUUCAAAUAAACAAGCUUUUAAAUAACAGUUUCAUUCUCAUUAGCAUAAUUUUUAUAUUAUCAAACAGUUGAGAACUAAAUAUGCAUGUAUUCAGUAUUCAAUAAUAUUCCAAUAACGGACACAUUUCUCAACCGUUGCCAUCGUUUUCAUGCUUCUCUCUACUUGCUUUCUCCACACGGUUGUAACAUAAUGGUUUUUAAGGUACGUGUAAUAACAUAAUGGCUACUAUGGAAACCAGAACAUAAGUUAUAAAACAGAUGAACAGUGUGAGGCUGGAGUCACAUGCAACAUAGCCUAUAAUAUCAAACCAAACACCCCAAAAAGUCGACA